AUGCUAUGGGUGAUCGGGUGGACUUGUGUCUUGACAAGAGUGGAUGGCACGUACCAUGACUUGAUCAAUUGCAAAUUCGCAAAUGACAAGCUUGGCCUGGUAAAACUUAAUGAUGACCACCUGAAAAUUUUACAGGAGUCCAAGGUGAUAUUGGAUGACCUGGCAAACAACAAGUUUAUGCAACCCAAAGAUGUUAGAUGGGUUAUAGUUCCUAGCUUCCGAACAAACGGCUCGGAAAGCAAAAUAAACCUGAUGAAGCUUGUGGCCCCUGGUCUGUAUAGCUCCAAAUAUCUAGGAUCGGUUAACCUCCCUUACCUUGUGAAUGACCUCCCCUUGCUAAAAAUAAAGGCCAUUCCUAGAUUGCUGUAUAUGAAGCACUAUGCAAUCAAGAAUGGUCGUCUACUGCAUGAUGCCAUCAAAAAAGAUAGAAGAAGGAAAAAGAGUUCCUCCUACCAACGGUCACCGUCAAAUGACGGUGAUAUUGGAACAGAAGUACACUGGACGAGAAAAACCUGGUUUCCUAAUAUGAAGGCUAAGUUGCAAAUAAAUAUGCCGUUUGAUAUCUAA